CUCGUUGCCUUUUCUCUUGUAUUGCAUGUCAUGUUUGUAUGUGAACCGUGCUGUAAAAGAAAAAUUUGAAAUAUUUGACUGUUGUUGGAAAUGGAAAUAUAUGUGAUUCAAUAAAUCAAUAUGUUUGGCUAUAUUUGUCAAAUAUUGUCUUUUAUAUGAUAAAGAAUGUUCUAUCUAGCUGGGUUUCCGUUCUGUAAUUUAUUGCUUAUUUCAAUAUAUUCAAUGGUUGAGCCUUUAGUUCUCAUUUUGCAUAGUGAAAACAGAAGACAGUAGAGUAGGAAACGGAGCAACAGCAAGUGCUUUGUUAAUGUGGCUUCUUUUCCUCUACGCUGAUUGGCUGCGUUACCAAAGCCCCUCCUCUACGUUGACACGUAUUGUGGCUUCGCCGAUAAUAAAAAAAAAUGGCGACCGGACCCGCGUAAAUUGGAGAUCCAUAGAGGUCAGUAUCCUGCCUUGUGUUGUCAGUGACAUACUGUGACAAAUAAACGUGUUGACAAAGCAGGAGCCAUGGCUUUUGAGGAGAUCAAGAAUAAAGGAGGAAUGGAUGCAGGGAUGGAAGGAGACAGAGGCCUUGUAGCUGGUCGUAGCCAGAGAGAGAAGAGGAGGUCGUACAAGGAUCUGUUGAGGGAGGAAGAGGAGAUUGCUGCUCAGGUCCGAAAAUCAUCCAAAAAACGACCCAAGGAUUCCGAACUGUUCGCGGUCGGAGGGGACUCGCACAAAAAGAAGAAGAAGCAUAGCGAUGACUACUAUAACAGAGACCACGAUGGUUCAGGUCCACCUUCCCACAAGAAAAAGCACAAGUCGACAGACCGCUCCCCUACCCUCUCGUCCCCCUCCUCCUCCCACCCGACAGACACAGCGAUGGGCCUCCUGCAGGCUAUCACCUCUCCGCUGGCCACAGGUUCGGACCCCAGCCCCCACUUACACAAGAAACCCUCCUACCCACCCUUCUCCUCGCACUCCUCCAAGGACCGCAAACGUGAGGGCAGCAGCGGCGGCGGUGGAAGCAAAGGGAGCCACUCCUUCUCCCACUCCCGCCCCGCGUCCUCGUCAUCGUCUUCCUCCAAGAAGCACUCCUCGUCCUCCUCAAAGUCGUCGCUGUUCCACGGUGGAGCUCCCAAAGAGGAGCCCUUGACGUUACGCGAGGCCGACGGUCUGAAGAUGAAGCUCAUCAUGUCGCCAGAGAAAGAGGAAGGUGAGAGUUUCCCGUUCCCGCCCCACUCGUCCAAAGGAGGCGGAAAGAAGGAGAAGGAUAGAGACAGGAUGCCGCACUCGAAGGCGCCCAAGAAAAAACUGCAGCAGAGCCGAGAUCCACUGCCUGUGGUGGGGAAAGAGGUGGAGGUGGAAGGUCAUUACGGAGGUGGGUUGGGAGACGAGAGCUCUUCAUCUGGGGUUGAGCUGGAGGCGGGUGAGCUGGUUAUAGAUGACUCAUACACACACAUGUCCAAAAAGAAGAAGAAGAGCAAAAAAAGCAAGAAGAAGAAGGACAAAGAAAAGGACAGAGACAAGGAAAAAAGUGGGAAGGACAAAAAGCACAGCAAAGGAUUUGGAGACUCAUCGAGGGGCCACAGCCACUCCCACCCCACUGUCACCCACAGCGCCGUCGGUCCAAUGUAUGCCAUGGGCACGCCCGUCCCUCCACACCACCACCAGGGCAACGAUGGAGUGACGGAGAAGAAGAAGAAGAAAGAGGAGAAAGAUCGGGAAAAGCACGAGAAGGAAAAAGAUAAGCCCAAGAAGAAGAACACAACAGCGUAUCAGGUGUUUUGUAAGGAGUACAGGGUCAACAUAAAUGCAGAACAGCCCGGACUAGUCUUUGGUGAGCUAAGCAAAAGGUUGGCAGAGGUGUGGAAGGCGAUGCCAGAGAAAGACAAACUGGUUUGGAGGCAGAAAGCUCAGUAUCUGCAGCACAAGCAGAACAAAGCCGAGGCCACCACAGUCAAACACAAGAGUGUCAACGAGGGCAAAAGCAAAGCUGUAGGAGCGGUCACAGGGAUGGUGUCACCCAGCAGAGCAUCUGGCACUAUGUCACUAUCCCCGGCACGAGUCCCAGAGGUCGAUCCCAUCGAUGCAGCAGCUCACCUGCAGCUACUGGGAGAGUCCCUGUCCCUGAUUGGGCAUCGGCUACAAGAAACAGAGGGGAUGGUGGCAGUGUCCGGGAGUCUGUCUGUUCUUCUGGACUCCAUCUUGUGUGCGCUGGGACCUCUGAACUGUCUCACCGCACAGAUACCACAGUUAAACGGAUGUCCUCGGAACGUCCUGUCGAAUACGUUGGACAAUAUUGCCUACAUCAUGCCUGGGCUGUGAGUAAAGGAUGAUACUCGAGGUUCAGUGACUUGGCAUCAGAAGUCAGCAGAUGUGACUGGAGGGGUCCUGAACAGGAGGGACCUUUGGACUUUAAUUUAAGCCACUUGCUCGGCAUCUGAAAACAUGGAUAUUUCUAGCGUCAACGUUUUUAAAGUGUAUUUUUUUAAAAACCCUGUUCUCUUAAUUUUUUUCUAAUUGUUAUAUUUUUAAAUGAAACAUUUUACUGAACACGUUGAUCUUUCUUGGCAUGUCAGCUUAGUUUUAUUGUUACUGUACAGUGUACAGAGUGUAUGUAAUGUAGUGAGUGUAUGCUGUUGAGUGUUUUUUUUUUUACUUAAAAGUACAGGAACAUGUAAGUAAUUUGGUCACGAUCAACAUAAUAUAUUUGACAGCUGCUCCUGUUUUUCUUUUACCAUGUAAACAAUGCUGUCAUACCAUGAUGUUUUAUACAUUUGAUAUUUUAAUGUGCAUACAGCAUUUCCAUUUUGACUGCUCUGUAGAAAAGUGAUAGAAUAAAACACCUUACGGUGCAACCUUGUUUUAAAUCAGGAGCUGUUCAAUGUCAGACAUUUAACAAAAAUGGCAACAUUAAAACUGUUUCCAAAAUCA